UGGUCAUUUGUUAAAUGCCGUGGACCUGCUGUGAAGGGUUGUGAGUGACGGUGUCAUGGCUUGUUUGUAUCGUAAACUUCUGCAAUGUAGUUCUUUUAAAUUUCAAAUAAAUUCUAGAAUAUCUCUACCUGCUUGCAGUAAGGUACACUAUGCUCAUAGUAGAUCACAUUCAGCAUUGUCAAAUGAUAAGUUAUUUGACAAAAUCCUCAUUGCAAACCGGGGUGAAAUAGCUUGCAGGGUGAUCAAGUCAUGCAAACGUCUUGGUAUUAAAUCCGUUGCAAUAUUUAGUGAAGCUGAUCGAUAUGCACUUCAUACAAAAAUGGCAGAUGAAAGUGUUUGUGUUGGUCCCCCUCCAUCAGGAGAAAGCUACCUUAAUAUGGAAGCCAUCUUAGAUGCUAUUAAAAGUACAGGGGCACAAGCAGUUCAUCCAGGUUAUGGUUUUUUAUCAGAAAAUACGAAUUUUGUCAAACUAUUGGAAGAUAAUGAUGUUGUUUUUAUCGGUCCUAACUCAUAUUCCAUGCAAGCUAUGGGUGAUAAGAUUGAAAGUAAGAUUGUGGCUAAGAAGGCUAAUGUCAAUAUUAUUCCAGGCUUUGAUGGAGUUGUCAAGGAUGAUGAAGAAGCUAUAAAACAUGCGAGGGAGAUAGGUUACCCAGUAAUGAUCAAGGCCUCUGCUGGCGGCGGUGGUAAAGGUAUGAGAAUUGCUUGGAAUGACCAGGAAGUUAGAGAUGGAUUUCGUUUAUCCUCUCAAGAGGCGAAGUCAAGUUUUGGCGAUGAUCGUUUGUUGAUAGAAAAAUUUAUCAAUAAUCCAAGACAUAUUGAAAUUCAAGUUGUUGGAGAUAAACAUGGCAAUUGUAUAUACCUGAAUGAGCGAGAGUGUUCCAUUCAACGUAGAAAUCAGAAAGUCGUUGAAGAAGCGCCAAGUGUAUUCCUUGAUCCAGAGAUGAGAAAAGCGAUGGGAGAACAAGCUCUGGCUUUAGCAAAGGCAGUUCAAUAUGAUUCAGCUGGGACAGUUGAAUGCCUUGUUGAUUCAGAUAAAAAUUUCUACUUCCUUGAAAUGAACACGAGAUUACAAGUGGAACAUCCAGUUACCGAGUUAAUCACAGGAGUUGACCUGGUUGAAGAAAUGAUACGAGUUGCUGCAGGUCAUCCCCUUCAAUAUAAACAAUCAGAUAUCGGUAUUAAAGGAUGGGCUGUGGAGAGCCGUGUUUAUGCAGAGGACCCAUUCAAGAAUUUUGGUCUUCCUUCCAUUGGACGACUACAUACCUAUAAGGAACCAACAAGCAUUCCAAACGUUCGUGUUGACAGCGGUAUUAUUGAAGGGAGUGAAAUCAGCAUUUACUACGAUUCCUUAAUUUCAAAGCUUACGACGUACGGGGCAACACGAGAUGAGGCUCUGAGCACCAUGACUAAGGCACUUGAUUCUUACGUAAUUCGAGGUUUAAUCAACAAUGUGUCUUUGUUGCGAGAGGUGGUUACCCAUCCAGACUUCAUCACUGGUGAUAUAACUACAAAGUUUUUUGAGGAACAUUACCCGGAUGGUUUUAAAGGGAAACAACUAAAUAACGAUGAACGAAAUGAACUGGUUGCAGCUGCAAGUUAUUUAUUCUUACUUCGAGAGACAAGACAAAAACACUUUCUCAAUCAUGACAGACCGUCGGGGAAAUCUGCCAAUCUUGAUAAGUGGAAAUUGUAUGUUCUUCUGGAUGAUCAGAAACAUGAGGUGGAAGUAAAGAUUCUUGAUAAGACUUAUCAAAUUAAUAUAGACGGUACCGAACUAGAAUUUGAAUCUUCGUCAAACCUCUCUUCAUAUCUUAUUGAAACAAAGAUAAAUGGAAAAGAAGUUAUUCUACAGAGCUUGUCACGAACUGGUCAACAUUUGCAGCUACAGCAUUAUGGCUCCAAGUUUGACGUGACUGUGAUGGAUGAAGCUCAAAAUGAAUAUUUUCAGCAUAUGUUAGAGAAACCGAAGGAGGACCUCACGCCAUUCUUAGAUUCACCAAUGCCAGGGACAGUUAUAUCAGUCUCUUGUGAACCUGAACAAGACGUUGAAGAAGGCCAGGAGGUUUGUGUAGUCGAAGCAAUGAAGAUGCAAAACAGUUUGUGCAUCCAAAAAUCUGGCAAGGUAAAGAAAGUGAAUUGCAAACCAGGAGAUAAGAUUCAGGAGGGUCAACGCUUGAUUGAGCUGUACUAAAUAUGUGUAAGAAAUUAGUGAAUGAUAAAGAAGUCAACCUCGUUUUCGGGAUUGUAGCAAAAAUACUUUCUUCGAUCCAAGCAACUAUGCUGAAGAUGUGUUGUACAACUCGAUCAUGAAUUCCAUGCAAAUAAUUUGUGAAGAUAUUCUUACAUAUGAUGUCAUAAUCUGUCAUUAUACAGGGUGUAUCAGAAAAACGUUUUACACUUGGGAAAUGUCUUCUAGACGUACGCUCACGCAUCGUUAGAGAAAGCUUUUGGUAUUUGUAGGUACUUUGAGCC